AUGUACGUCGGAUUGUCUCAAACGGAUAUCACUGUGUUUCUCAUGGCUCCCACAUCAAUUAUGUUCCUUUUAUUCUUUCUGAAUUCUAUGGGUGUUAGAGCUGAAACAGCGGAACCCAAGCUGAUAAAGUUGGGUUCUUCACUUUUUCCACACAAUGGAUCCAGUUCAUGGGUCUCACCCUCCGGCCAUUUUGCAUUUGGUUUCUACCCACAAGGCACUGGAUUUGCAGUAGGCGUAUGGCUGGUCAGUCAAUCUGGAAACACCGUUGUCUGGACUGCAAACCGAGAUGAGCCGCCGGUGUCCUUCAACACGACUCUUGAAUUCACCACAAAUGGUAAGCUGCUUCUUCGAACUGGGCCGGGUGAACAAAUAACCAUUGCAGAUGUGGCAGAAUCCGCAGCCUCAGCUUCUAUGCUCGAUUCUGGUAAUUUUGUUCUCUUCGGUGAUAAUUCUUCUUCUAUCAUCUGGCAAAGCUUCCAAUACCCAACUGAUACCCUUCUGGGAGGCCAGAAUUUUUCCACUGGCGAUAUAUUGUCUUCCAGGAAAACGGAAUCUCCUGCUAUAGGAGAUUUUUAUCUUAGUAUGUCAGAUGGACAGAUUGUUUCCUAUCCCUACAAUCUGGCUGUUUCGGAGGACCCUUAUUGGACUGUCGAUGCACGAAAGCUCAACCACAUGGGGCUUUUAAGCUCAUAUGAUGCUGCCUCAAUUACACUUACUCUAGCCAGCAACAAUAUCUCAUCAGAUGACGCCAAAAACGAGACCAUCAUUUACAGAGCAACUUUAGAUGCUGAUGGGGUUUUCAGGUUGUAUUCCCAUAGCUUUGGGAACAGUAAUAUCUCCACUGUCUCCAUUAUGUGGUCGGCAAUCAAAAACCCAUGUGAUGUGAAAGGUCUCUGCGGUGUUAAUGCCUUAUGUUCAAGCAAUGGCACCAAUGCCAACUGUUCUUGCGUUCCAGGGUUCGUAUCCAUUAACCGGGAGAAGUAUUCGGGGUGCUACAGGAGCUUCAAUAAUGAAGGAUGCAGAGGACAAGAGCCAGAAUCGAUCUACAACAUUACUACCUUAAGAAAUGUGAGUUGGAAAGACGCCAAUCCUUAUUCUGGCAUAAAAUCACUAAAUGAGAAGGAUUGCAGCAGGUCUUGUCUACAAGAUUGCAAUUGUUGGGCAGCUUAUUAUUUCAAUGGCACUUGCAGAAGAUAUAAGCUUCCUCUGGUAUAUGGGAUUGCGAAUCAAAAUGAAUCAGGCAUCACCUUCCUCAAGAUGAGUUUGGGAACUGCCUAUGUUGGAGACAAUAUUCCUGCUCCAAGGAAUCAAACAAAGGUGAUUGAAAGCAAUAAGAAAGAACUUAUUUUAAUCCUUGCUUCAAGUUUGGGUUCCAUUGCUUUCUUAUGUGCUCUAGUUGCAGUGUCUAGCUUCUUUAUAUACAGAAGCCAAGUUCAUCGGUAUAGAAAGCUGUCAGAAACUGCAAUGGAAGAGUUUACUCUGCGAUCGUUUUCUUAUAAUGAUCUGGAGAAAGCUACAGAUGGGUUCAGGGAAGAGUUGGGUAGGGGUCCUUUUGGAGCAGUGUAUAAAGGGACUAUAGCUCAAGGCAACCAGACUAUUGCUGUGAAGAGACUAGAAAAAGCUGUGGAAGAAGGAGAAAGGGAGUUCCAAGCAGAAAUGGCCAUAAUUGGGCGAACCCAUCACAGGAACUUGGUCCGGUUGCUGGGUUUUUGUAUGCAGGGCUCUAAGAAGCUUCUUGUUUAUGAAUACAUGAGCAAUGGCUCACUUGCAGAUCUUCUCUUCAAUGGUGAAAAGCGCCCGAUUUGGAGAGAAAGAGUCAGAAUUGCCCUAGAUGUAGCAAGAGGGAUCUUCUACCUCCAUGAAGAGUGUGAGGUCCACAUCAUCCAUGGCAACAUAAAGCCUAAGAACAUACUAUUGGAUGAUUCUUGGACUGCCAAGCUUUCAGAUUUCAGGCUAGCAAGGCUUCUGAGGCCUAAUCAAACUGGAACCAUUUCUCGUCUCGGAGGGAGUAGUAGAGGCUAUUCAUCACCCGAGUGGCAGAAGAGGAUGUUGAUAUCAGUGGAAGCAGAUGUCUACAGUUUCGGAGUAGUGCUAUUGGAGAUUGUGUGUUGCAGAAGUAAUUUGGAUAUCAAUGUUUCAACAGGAGACGAGAUACUUCUUUGCAGUUGGGUGUACAGUUGCUUUGUGGCAAGAGAGUUGGAGAAGCUUGUGGAAGGUGAAGAAGUGAACAUGAAAACCCUGGAAAGGAUGGUGAAGGUUGGAUUAUUGUGCAUUCAAGAUGAUCCAAGUCUGCGCCCUACAAUGAAGAAUGUGAUCCUGAUGUUGGAAGGGACCAUGAAUGUGCCUGUACCUCCAUCUCCAACUCCUCUAUUUUCCUAAUGUAUAUGCGCCCACACACACAGGUCAUCUUCUUUAGAAGAAAUAGUGCAUCCACUUACAAUAAAAAUUUUAUGUCCAUCUAUUUAUUUGAAAAUACUGUGGAAUCAUCGAAAUAGUAUUUACCUAGAGAACUUCUUUUGCAAAUAAAUAAAACUAUUACAAUCCAGAAGCCCAUCAUAUUUA